CCAGCUCUCAACAACCACCACCACCACCAAAAGAUCAUCAAAAUGGGCGAGUCGCUUGCUUUCAAGGGUUCCCUCGCGGGCCACUCCGGCUGGGUCACCGCCAUCGCCACCUCCUCGGAGAACCCGGACAUGAUCCUCACCGCUUCGCGUGACAAGACCGUCAUCGUCUGGCAGCUCUCGCGCGACGAGUCGUCGUUCGGCUUCCCCAAGAAGAUCCUCCACGGCCACAACCACUUCGUCUCGGACGUUGCCAUCUCUUCGGACGGCCAGUUCGCCCUCUCGUCGUCGUGGGACAAGACCCUCCGCCUCUGGGACCUCAACACCGGCCUCACCACCCGCAAGUUUGUUGGCCACACCGGCGACGUCCUCUCCGUCUCGUUCUCGGCCGACAACCGCCAGAUCGUCUCGGCCUCGCGUGACCGCUCGAUCAAGCUCUGGAACACCCUCGGCGAGUGCAAGUUCAACAUUGUUGAGGAUGGCCACACCGAGUGGGUCUCGUGCGUUCGCUUCUCGCCCAACCCCGUGAUCCCCGUCAUCGUCUCGGCCGGCUGGGACAAGGUCGUCAAGGUCUGGGAGCUCUCCAAGUGCAAGCUCAAGACCAACCACUACGGCCACUCUGGCUACAUCAACACCCUCGCCGUUUCGCCCGACGGCUCGCUCGCUGCCUCGGGCGGCAAGGACGGUGUCACCAUGCUCUGGGACCUCAACGACGGCAAGCACCUCUACUCGCUCGAGGCCGGUGACAUUGUCAACGCCCUCGUCUUCUCGCCCAACCGCUACUGGCUCUGCGCUGCCACCGCCACCUCGAUCAAGAUCUUCGACCUCGAGUCCAAGUCGAUCGUCGACGACCUCAAGCCCGACUUCAACGACCUCGGCGACAAGGCCCGCAAGCCCGAGUGCAUCUCGCUCGCCUGGUCGGCCGACGGCCAGACCCUCUUCGCCGGUUACUCGGACAACCUCGUCCGCGUCUGGGUCGUCACUGUCUAAUCUGUACAUUUGCAUGCAGGCGUUAUGGAUAGAUGUGUGUAACGGCUGGUGUGGUGUGUUGUGGUUGGGUCUACUGUGCGUCCUGGUGUGAGUGUGAAUGGGCAUGUGGAAGAGGCUGGGAUUGACAUUGGUCGUCUCUUGAUGUGGCUCGUUGAGGGAUGCUACGACAUUGUGCAGCAGCGUUGAGAUUGAACGCACUCAUAUCAAUCUGCCACAGUCCAGUCAUCCUCUUCCUUGACACACACCUGUAUAUGGGAGAGCAUGUCCCUUAUCUGCUCAGCGACUGCCAGUGUCUGUCGAUACUCACAACCAACCCAACGCCUCGACACCCACACACCCGUUGACCAUUCCGAUUCAUGUAUCCGGUCUAUCAUACCCCGCCCUCUAGCUACUAGUAGUACAUCUCGCUCUAUGACCACGCAGAAUGAGACAAGAGACAACAAGAAACACACACGUCCGUCCUACACCUUGAGAUUCUUCACAUCCUUCUCGAGGCCGGUCGCCCCGACGUCCUUCUUGGCGGCCUUUGGCGAGCCCUCGUCCUCCUCGGCCGUCCUGAAGCCCUCGGAAUCGCUGUCGCUGCUAAACUCGGGCUUCUCCUUGGCUGCUGCCGCCUUGAACUUGUUCGUGGCGCGGAUGACGCGGAUAGCGUCGGCCCACUUCUUCUUGGGGUUGAAGUUCUCGCGGAAGGUAGGCAGCAGGUCCUCGUCGGUGGCGCCCGCGCCGCCAAUCCACGGGUCCUUGAGCGCGUCGGCCGCGCUGAUACGCAGCUUGGGGUCGACAACAAGGAGCUGCUUGAUAAAGUUCUUGCCUUCCUCUGAGACGUGCUUCCAGAAUCUCUCGUGGAACGUCACGCGGCCCGAGGUCGUCUCGCGGAUCAGCUCGUUGCGGUCGUCGGAACGGAAUGGCGAGUAUCCACAGAGCAGAGUAUACGCGAUGACGCCAAUGCUCCAGAGGUCGACCUUGCGGCCGUGAGGCUUGCCGAGGAGGAUUUCAGGCGCAGCAUAGCCAAACGAGCCGGCCAUGGACGUGAGCUCCUCGUCACCGUCGACGUGCUUGGCGAUACCAAAGUCGGCAAUCACAAUCUUCGAGUCCUCGUCGCGCGUCUUGUAGAUGAUGUUCUCGGGCUUGAGGUCACGGUGCGCAAUGUUGUGCGCGUGAAGGUAGGCCGUAGCUUCGAGGACCUGGCUGC